AUGGCCUCGUCCAAGUUUCUUCCUCACGAAGGGAAUCAUCGCAAAAUUCGAGUCGCCAUCAUCGGCGCAGGCAUUUCUGGCCUUGCCGUCGCCAACGGCUUGCUGAAAGACCCAGCUGUAAGAUUCGAUGUCCAGGUCUUCGAACGCGACACGAUUGCAUUCAACUCAGAGCGUGGCGGGUAUCAGCUCCGCAUCAGUGCCAAUGGCUUGAACGCUCUGAAGACAGUCUCCGACCCUGAACUUUGGUCCUUGAUCCGCGAGGUUUGGGCUGGUGAUCAGGCGGAAGCGCCCACGAUUGUUGACCCCAAGACUUUCGCGGCUCGCCUACGCUUAGGCGAUCUCAAGUUGUAUCCCAAGAGUCAGGCCAUACCCAGAACAGGACUGCGUGGUGCUCUCCUGCAGCCGUUACUCGUUCAAGGGCGGGUCCACUUCAGCCAUACCUUCACGCGCUUUGAGCUCAUGCCGGGCGAGCAAUGUGGCGUGCUGCUGCACUUCGAUGGCCAAGCUUCACAGGAGGCCGACAUUCUCAUCGCAUCAGACGGCAGCGGCAGCCAGGUCAACCGACAGGUUGGCCUAAAUAACAAAAUUAAGCUGGAGGCCAUGACCUUGAUUCAGUCUCGCGGCACCAUUUCACGAUCCGUACUGGCUGAGCUACCCGAGUCGCUCGUCGAAUCUGGCUCGGUGAUGUUCUUGGGCGGAAAAGACGUUGCUGGGUUCUCAUCUGUCUACGACGCCAAGAAGGACCUUAAUACUGGUGAUACAGAGUCAUACACGUUGUUCUGGUCGGUCGGUAUACCUAGAGCUCGGGGAGACGAACUGAUAGCGAAGGCCGGCUCGAAUCCUCAGAAGAUCAUUCCUCUCCUUAUAGAUUACUUCCGAAACGAACUGGGCUACGGCGAACCUUUGGAAGUUAUUAUGCGAUCGGCGACUGAGGCUGUCCGGACAGGCCUUGUGACCAGCUCCUUCAAGCCGAAGACGGAUUGGCGGAAUGGUAUCGACAAGAAUUCGCGGGUAAUCCUCCUUGGCGACGCCGUGCAUCCAAUGACGCCGGGCCGAGGUAUGGGUGCAAACCAGGCACUGACUGACGCUGGAAAUCUUGUCGAGCUUUUUCACCAAGCAAUAUUCGAGAAGGACGUGCCGUCUGAUGGAGAGCUUGCCGCUUUGGUGCGCACAUUCGAUGCGGAGAUGUACCCACGCGCAUUCAAGAUGGUGAAGGCCACGUGCGGCAUCAACCAGCGUACGACUGAGAUUCUUCGUGUCAUGGGAGUAGAAGAGGACGUCUACGCAAUCUCAGCACCGGCCGAGAUAGCCGGACGAACCGCCUGGUACACGUCGCUUGGAGAAGAGGGGAAAGAAGUCUUCUCCAGAGAUGCGUGGGGAGGCGGCCAAUACGCAGCGGAGUACGCCCAGCACAGCCCGUCGAGAUACUGCAUUCUGCCGCAGAUAAAAUUGGAACCGAUCUUGAAACGACGCGCCGUGGAGUUGAAUCCUCAUCAAAUCUUCUACAGCCAUGAGGUGUUGACGACAGAGGAUCAUGGCGAUUUCGCGGAAGUUACUGUGAAGAACCGCAGCACGGGUGACAUUUCCCGACACAGAGGGACGUACGUGAUGGUUGCGGAUGGCGGUCGUCAGUUCACAACACAGCUGGGAGUCAAAUGGAGCGGCGAGGGCGACCUCUUGACCAUGAUAAGCGCACAUAUUCGCUCUCCGAUCAGAGCCCUGCAUCCCGAUAAUCGCAACUUCAUAACGUGGUUCACGAACCCGGCAAUGGGCGGCAGCACGCUCACCGGCUACCUUUAUCAGCUGGGACCCUGGCCAGAAGCGAUGACCAGUCCAGAAAUAGAGGAAUGGAUGUUUGUCUGCGCCCAGGCAGCAGAUGACCCAACCAAGUUUGAUGCUGAGACGGCACUGGCUCGAGCGAGGAAGACCAUCGGCAUACCGGACCUCAACAUGGAGCUGAUCUCCUUAAGUGAGUGGACGGUGAAUGCUCUUUACGCAUCGCAAUGGCGUGUCGGACGUCAUUUCCUGGUGGGCGACAGCGCUCAUCGCAUUCCACCAUGGGGCGCCCUGGGAAUGAACUCUGGCAUACAAGACGCAAAUAAUCUUAUGUGGAAACUGUCCAUGGCUCUCAAGGAUUCAAGCAGGCAUUGUGACAGUCUCCUGGACACUUACUACGAAGAGCGCUCAGAGGUCGGAAAACGAGUUGGACAGACCAGCCUCAACAACAUGCGCUCUCACUCAGGUCAGAUUGAUCGUGUCAUGGGCGUUAGCGCGUCGCAGAGUCAAGCCGAGAACCUCGCGGCAGGCGCGUCAUUCUUCGACAAAGGACACCCCGAAUACGCAGAGAAGCAGCGCCUUAUCCAGUUGGCAUCACAAGCAUUGGAUACUGAGUUCAAGGCACCAGGGUACGAAGUAGGCUGGUUCUACCCAAGCGCAGACAUCAACUCUGAAGGUGGAGCGACACAUGGAAGACAACAGCUCGCAGAUGGCACAUUAGUACAUCACACGUAUUACAUGUCGACGAUUCCAGGGCAUCAUCUUCCCCAUGCGUGGGUGACGCGCGACGACAGGACAGUGGCAUUGCGUGAUCUCUUGGACUUGGACGCACUAACCCUAUUUGUAGAGAAUGCGUUGGAGGAGGGGAUCGACGACGACAGGGUGAAAGUGGUGGUUGUUGGACAAGAUGGAUGGCAAGAUAAGACUGGGCAAUGGGAGAAGUACCGCGGUGUAGACUGGUCUGGCGGUGUGCUUAGAUGA